AUGGCUGAACAUAGCUUCUAUGCAGUGGGACAUGGCAAGAUACCAGGUGUAUAUGAGAAAUGGGCAGAUGUUCAGGAACAGAUAAAGGAUUUCCCUCAACCGGUUUAUAAGAAAUUUGCUACAAAAGAGGAAGCUGAAGAAUAUGUGAAUGCCCGACGACCCGAAAGGGUUUCAUUGGAAGUGGAUGAGAAAGCUGAUAAAUUUUAUGCAGUUGCUCGAGGAAAAGUUGUAGGAAUAUUUACAGAUUACAAUGAAGUAAAAAACCAUAUAGCCGAUUAUCCUCAGCCACUGUACAAGAAAUUCGAGAAACUGGAUGAAGCAAAAGCUUAUUACAAGAAAUACUCGAGUAGAGAAGAGGAUGGUAACCCAAAAGAAUCAGAAGCACAUAAUACACCGGCGGAUAACAAUGAGAAAGAAGUAAAAGAGACGGAAAUUACGGAAGAGAAGAAAGAGCAAAUUAACAAAGGAUCAGCAUUCUACGCUGUUGCACAUGGUCGUAAAACUGGCGUAUUCAAAACAUGGGAAGAAUGCCAGGAAGCAACGAAGGAUUUCAAGGGUGCCAAAUUCAAGAAGUUCGAUAAUGAAGAAGAUGCGGUGCUGUUUGUUGAAGGCAGAAACACAAAGGAAGCAGAAGAUCGUAAGAGGGCUCAUAGCCCGGAUGAUGUGACAGAUGGUGUGAAGGAGAAAUCAGGAAAAAAAGAAACUAAAGCGAAUGCCUAA